AUGGCUCGUUCUCUCUCUCAAUCGAAGGGUAUCGUCUGUCUCGUUUCCGACGCGCUUAGCUCGACUCUUCAUCGGCGAGGCUAUGCGGUUUCUGCAUCUCCAUCGCAUGUCCCCCUGAACGGCGGCAGAAUGGGGAAGCUCGAAGACACAUCGGCCACGGCGACCAAUCAGAGUUCGUCAGAGGCAUCCUCUGCAUGGGUUCCAGAUCCCGUCACUGGUUAUUACAGGCCCAUCAAUCACUCCCCGGAGAUCGACCCGGCGGAGCUCCGACUCAUGCUUUUGAACCCCAAAGUCAGGUCACCCACCCACUCCACUUGA